CCACAGUCUUUGAAGGCAGCAUCAUAUUAGGUCUGUGGUCCGGUCAGCUAUGUAAACAUGUCAAUGUUAUUAGCCAGGCUAACCACACAAGACAAGACGACUACACGGUCUUGGUCCGAUACCGUCGCUCCCUUUCGAUGUCGUCAUUCUACUGUGGGUUCGGGGUUUAUGGCGGUCAUGUUUUCGUCACUUUAGGGUGGGAAGGCUGAGGAGGAAGAAGUCUGCGGUAGUUGGGCUCAGAAAUGCUAGUGGUGUUAUGCUAUUGAUGAAGCUAACGGACACUGGCUGCUGGACAUCCAAGUGCACGAAAAUGACGCCGCUUUAUUCCAAAAGCACCGAAUGAUAACCGGCCGGGGUAGCGGCGUCGUCUCAGCGGUCGGCGAACGGCGUUAUAACCCCGCUACACGCACCGUUUGCGCCAGAGCAGCGGUGGUGCCUUCACUGCGCAUAGCCGUGUAGUUCCAUCACUUUGCGUAAAGAUGUCAUUCACCAUGGAGGAUCAUUUGGAGUCGGGCUGGGUCGCUGUCCGCCCCAAUGCGUUCGAGGAGAAGGAGAAGCAUAAAUUUGUCUUCAUCGUCGCGUGGAACGAAGUGGAAGGCAAAUUUGCCAUCACAUGCCACAACAGGACGGCGCAAAGGAGAAGCUUUGGCUGCGGCAGGGAGGAGGAUGGAGACAAAACAACAUGGCCGGUAACUAGUCCUGCAGGGGAUAAAGUGUCCCGGAGCCCUGGCUUAGGACCAAGAGAGACUGCAGUGCAAUGCCUUAAAAGCAAGCUUCCAGGUUCCAAACUAAGUCCUGUUAAAAUGAAGACUGUGGUGAACUAUGUGUCUUGUCAUGUUAGUCCCGAUCCCGAGGAGCUCUGUGUGGAUACUCCGGACCUGGAGGACAGUUUGAACCGGGAGGACUGCAGUUGGGCAGGACUCUUUUCCUUCCAGGACCUGCGGGCGGUGCACCAGCAGCUGUGUUCCAUCGACUCUGUCCUGGAGCCUUGUCUCCCUGUCUUUCCGGAGGAACCAAGCGGGAUGUGGUCGGUGCUGUUCGGGCUGGCCGAGGUCUCGGAGACUGAGAUGGAUGACCUGUGUUCUAAGUUGCAGCUCUACCUGGGCCACGCGCUCGACCUAUGCGGCUGGAAGAUCCUCUCCCAGCUUCUGUUCACUGAAAACGACGACCCGGAUGAGUACUACGAGAGCCUCAGCGAGCUAAAGCAGUCUGGCUUCGAGGAAGUGCUUCAGCAUGAAAGUAAACAUCUGCAGGAGCUGUUGGAAAGACACAGGAGCAUGGACAGCAUGGUAGACUUGUUGGAACUUUAUGAGGAAGAGGACCAGGCUUACGGAUGCUUGCUGGAGGCCUCCACGCAGCUGUACCAGUACCUGCUGCAGCCGUUCCGAGACAUGAGGGAGCUAGCAAUGCUCCGCAGACAACAAAUCAAGAUCUCCAUGGAGAACGACUACCUGGGCCCGAGGCGCGUUGAAGCCCUGAAGAAGGAAGACUCUGAUUGGCAGAGGAAAGCUCAGGAGGCAGUCCUUAUUAUCCAGGAAUUCACUGUAAAAUACUUUGAGACAACUGCGAGAGCGCAGAAAGGUGUUUAUGAGCGUAUGAAGGUGGACCAGCGCAAGUUUGGUAAGGCCUCGUGGACAGCAGCAGUGGAGCGCAUGGAGAGACUCCGCUACUCUGUCGCCAAGGAAACCCUGCAGCUGCAGAGAGCCCGGGAGAUCAGCCUGGAACAACAGAAGCACACGCUUAGAGAAGAGAUGCAGAACCUGUGUAGCAGCGAGCAUGCCAUGACCCUACUGGACCACAUGGAGUCCCAGUACUAUGAGCUACAGUUGCAACUGUAUGACAUCCAGUCGGAGAUCCUUCAGUGUGAAGAGCUGCUUCUCACAGCCCAGCUCGACAGCAUUCGAAGACAGAUGACAGAACGUCACAAUGAGGUGGUGUAUUACGACACCUUCGAAAGCGCAGCAGAUAUUACCCAAGAGGACACUGCAGAGAAGGAAGAACUGCACAGGCUUCAGGUCAGCGCACGGCGACUGGAGGCGCGAAGGGGACGCAUCACUGCCAAGCGCUCUUAUUUGAGGAGCAAGCGGGAGAUAUGCGUGUCAAACCACAUGGAGAAACAGCAGAUGCGGCAAAGCACGCAGAAAGACGUCUUAUCUCAGCACGUCUUACAGCUGAGGCUUGAUGAAGAGGAGGAUGAGAGAAAGAACAGCAGAGUGCGUCAAGAGAGGCAAAGGACUCUGGAUCGACUUCGCACUUUCAAGCAGCGGUACCCGGGUCAGGUGAUUCUGAAGUCCACUCGAAUGCGUGUGGCCCACAGCAGAAGGAGAGAGCGGGGAAAGAUCGUAACAACGGAUGCCGGAAACGAGAGGGAGGAGCGUUCCGACCACGUUAGCACACGGAGUCCGGGCAAGCGGCCCUUGUUCCUCAGCACCAGCGUGCAGACGGACCUCAGCUCCGCGCUCACCAGCCAGCCUGUCGCAGGCCUGGCAGCGUCACUUCCUCCACUGCCUGUGCCCAGUCCCGCUGAUUCCUUCUGCUCUCCCUGCUCCCUGUCUUCCCUGCUGGCAUCUCCUGCAUCACCGCCACCUCCGCCGCCUCCUCCGCCUCUCCUGCCAAUACGGGAGCAGGUGUCCCCCUCGGAGGAGAAGAGUGGUGCAGAAGUGCUUCCUCUCUCUCCGCUCGGCCCCUUCCACCCUCGCUUCUUUGACAGCAGCCAGCUGGUGAGCGCCCGCAAAAAACUAAGGAAGACUCCAGAGUUUGACGGCCGCAACAGACGAGCGAGUUCCCCCAUGGACGAGGUGCUGGCCUCCCUGAAGAGAGGCAGCUUCCACCUGAAGAAGGUGGACCAGCGGCCCCUUCCUCCUCCCGCCGACAGUGACGAUGACCCUAACAGCAUCUUAGUACAGAUCCGCAAGGGGGUCAAGUUGAGGCAAGUCCCGCAGAAAGAGAGGAAAGGUCAGGACGAGGCUGCCAGUGACCCUCUUACCAGAAGCAUCUAUGAGGCACUCCGCCGUAUCAAAGAGGCCUCGCCGGAGUCAGACUCUGAUGAUGACGGGCUGGGCGGCCCUGACUGGGAAAGCUAGAGUUUCAAGCUCAGAUGCAACACAUUCCUCUACACUAUCAGAAGUAGGAGUACAGUAGGAGUCCAUUUCUUUUCCUUCAGGUACACAAUCUACACUCAUGUACCUCAAUGGAAGUAUUACAAAGUCACACUUUAUCGAGUGUCAAAAAGUUAAAAAUAUGCUCCCAAACGGCAAAAAGACGCUUCAGUGACAAUAUAUUAUUUCUGUGUUGUGUCCAUAUACACACACGUAAGCGCGCGCGCACACACACACACAAACACACACACACAGUACUAGGGGGUCGUCAUACUGCUCAUCUAAUAAGGUGGUCAAAGGUAAUUUUGUUUUUGCACGCUGCGGUGACCAUCAUAAUCAUUUGUACUGUAUUUUACAAACCUUGUUUCCAUAUGAGUUGGGAAAUUGUGUUAGAUGUAAAUAUAAACGGAAUACAAUGAUUUGCAAAUCAUUUUCAACCCAUAUUCAGUUGAAUAUGCUACAAAGACAACAUAUUUGCUGUUCAAACUGAUAAACAUUUUUUUGGUGCAAAUAAUCAUUAACUUUAGAAUUUCAUGCCAGCACACGUGACAAAGAAGUUGGGAAAGGUGGCAAUAAAUACUGAUAAAGUUGAGGAAUGCUCAUCAAACACUUAUAUGGAACAUCCCACAGGUGUGCAGGCUAAUUGGGAACAGUUGGGUGCCAUGAUUGGGUAUAAAAACAGCUUCCAUGAAAUGCUAAGUAAUUCACAAACAAGGAUGGGGUGAGGGUCACCACUUUGUAAGCAAAUUGUCGAACAGUUUUAGAACAACAUUUCUCAAUGAGCUAUUGGAAGGAAUUUAGGGAUUUUACCAUCUACGGUCUGUAAAAUCAUCAAAAAGUUCAGAGAAUCUGGAGAAAUCACUGCACGUAAGUAAUGAUAUUACGGACUUUUGAUCCCUCAGGCGGUACUGCAUCAAAAACCGACAUCAAUCUCUAAAGUAUAUCAUCACAUGGGCUCAGGAACACUUCAUAAAACCACUGUCAGUAACUACAGUUGGUUGCUACAUCUGUAAGUGCAAGUUAAAAGUCUACUGUGCAAAGCCAAACCCAUUUAUCAACAAUAUCGUGAAACGCCGCCGACUUGGCUGGGCCCAAUCUCAUCUAAGAUGGACUGAUACAAAGUGAAAAGGUGUUCUGUUGUCUGACGAGUCCACAUUUCAAAUUAUAUUUGGAAAUAUGGUGUACUCCAGGACAAAGAGGAAAAUAACCAUUAGGAUUGUAAUAGGCACAAAGUUGAAAAGCCAGCAUCUGUGAUGGUAUGGGGGUGCAUUAGUGCCCAAGGAAUGGGGAACUUACACAUCUGUGAAGGCACCAUUAAUGCUGAAAGAUCCAUACAGGUUUUGGAGCAACCUAUGUUGUCAUCCACGCAACAUUAUCAUGGACGCCCCUGCUUAUUUCAGCAAGACAAGUGUUAAAACAGCGUGGCUUCGUAAAAAAAGAGUGCGGGUACUUUCCUGGCCCGCCUGCAGUCCAGACCUGUCUCCCAUUAAAAAUGCGUGGCGCAUUAUUAAGCGUAAAACACGACGGCGGAGACCCCGGACUGUUGAACGACUGAAACUCUACAUAAAACAAAAAUGGGAAAGAAUUCCACUUUUAAAGCUUCAACAAUUAGUUUCCUCAGUUCCCAAUUUUUUAUUGAGUGUUGUUAAAAGAAAAGGUGAUGUAACACAGUGGUGAACAUGCCCUUUCCCAACUACAUGGCACGUGUUUGUUAUGAUCCGCUGCCCGGAUCAUAUUAUGUUUUAGGUUUUGUUCUGCUAAUGUUUGCCUUAGUUCCUGGAUGCACUUCCUUGUUUGUUCUGUCACCAUAGUAACGUAUUAUUUUCACCUGCUACUUGUUUCCGGAGGCACACCUGUUUUUGUAAUUACUGUCCUGAUUUAAGCCUGCCUCCUUUGUUCAUUUACCUUGCUUCCUAGUUUGUGUUCUCACAACAAGUGACGACGUUUUGUCCCCGGUUUUCUAUUUCUGCCUGCGUCCAUGCUAAGCCCCAGUUGUUUUUCUAGCUCCUAGCUCUUUUGGUUUGCCUUUUGUGCCUUGUGCAAGUUUGUUUUUUUCAUAGUCUGAUUUAAUGUCUGAUUUAAUUUUAAUAAAUCAUUGUUUUUUACCUUCACGCUGUGUUCGAAGCUCGACUGCAUCAUUGAGAGAACGACUCCGCAUAACGAUGCCAUGCAAUCGUUACAGUGUUGCAGCCAUGAAAUUCUAAGUUAAUUAAUUUUUGAAAAAAAAAAAAAUAAAGUUUAUGAGUUUGAACAUCAAAUAUCUUGUCUUUGUAGUGCAUUCAAUUGAAUAUGGGUAGAAAAGGAUUUGCAAAUCAUUGUAUUCCGUUUAUAUUUACAUCUAACACAAUUUCCCAACUUAUAUGGAAACUGGGUUUGUAUUUCAAAAGUCCCACUACUGUACAUUGAUGCUAUACUUAUUUGUGAUUAUACCUUUGCGCCACGUUAUUUACUAUUUUGAACUAUCGAGGUUAGGGGUGUCCAAAGUGCGGCCCGCAACACAUAUUUAAAAUGCUAUUACAAAAAACCCCAUAGACAAGUGGAACAAAAGAGCAAACAGGUGCAUCGUAAUGAGAAAAUUUUACUAUAGUGACACCAAUAACACAAAGCUGCCAUGCAGGCAGUUUUUUUUUUACUUUAAAACUAGAAUGGCUCGAAAAAAAAAAAAAAAUUAUAAUAGACAGAUAGAUCUGAAGUUGGUCUGGACCAGCGGUUUUCAAACUUUUUUUUUUUUUUUUUUUUACCAAGUACCACAUCAGAAAACACUUGGCUCUCCAAAUACCACCAUAAUGGCCAACAUUAAAAUACGGUAGCAUAGUAGGACUAAGUAUUCAUUAAAAACAAAGCAUACGUUUUAUUUAACAAGUGUAUUUGAUAUUUUCGGCCACAGUAACAUUACAUGCAGUUUGAUCAAGUAACACUGUGUUUGAAUAUUUGGCACAUCACUAGAUAGAGCCAGUGUACCAAUGGUGAUACACAUACCACUGUUUGUUUGAUCUAGAAAUUUAAGCAUUGAAAGUUAAACUAAUAUAUAUGGAUGCAUGAAACACUUUUAUGUGAGGAGUGCAUCUCUGGCCUUUAUUCUGAUUGUCAUUGUUUGAAAAGUAAUAAUGAACCAAAAGCAAUUUUGUUAUGAAUUAUUUAUCUUUUUAAGGCUCUGAUUACUUAAAAUCAAAUAUUCCAGUUUGAACAUUUUUUGUGGAAAAUAUUGCAUAUUUUAUGGUUUUGCCCAAAAAAAUCUUGGUUUUCUUUGAUAAAAAGGGCAUGAAAGGUGAAAAAAAAAAUGUAAAGCUUUAUAUCAACGAAUAAAUCAGAAGUUAGCGUUAAAAAUCUAUGACUUGUUUUUAACACAUUAAUGACUGAGACCUUUUUGGGUCUCCAGAACCUUUAACAUUUACCAACAUCGAGGGUAGCCCUACUGGUCACAAUAAAUAUUGUAUUGGUUUUGACUAUGAAAACUAUCAAAAUGGACCCCGCAGGCUUUUUUUUUCAGCGUGCGGCUAUCAGUGGAAAAAGUUUGGACACCCCUAAUCUCGGACGUCCAGCCUAAGGAUGCUGGAAUUAAUUUUAGCAAGCCCUAGCUUUAAUGCUAAUGAGCUGUGCUUGUUCACACUUAAUUGUCUCUAGGAAGCGCUAUUGUGCACUUUAUCCACUUUUUCACCUCACUGUAACUCUGCACCUGUCCAACGUAAUAGACAACAUAUAUCACAUACGAUAACGCAACGCUAAGGAGUGGGGAAAAUGUUAGCAACUUCCCCAUAUAGCUUUGUUAGCUACGAUGCUAACAUUACAUCCCAUUUUUACUGCAACAUCGUGCUGGGUUGGCAUAUUUGCUGAAAACAAAAAAACAACCUAACUUACAGCUCCCACGUCUGUAUCUGGCUGAUGGGCAGUUGACAUAGCUCCAAGCUGUAUUUUAAGAUAUGUAGUGAAGCCUUUAAACAAAGCCUGUUAUCGUGCUAACUUUUAAGCGUAGACAGAUUCAACCAAAUUAUGUCUUAAAGGCCUACUGAAAGGAGAUUUUCUUAUUCAAACGGGGAUAGCAGGUCCAUUCUAUGUGUCAUAAUUGAUCAUUUCGCGAUAUUGCCAUAUUUUUUGCUGAAAGGAUUUAGUAGAGAACAUCCACGAUAGAGUUUGCAACUUUCAGUCCAAAGAGAAAUGCCCUGCCUCUACCGGAAGUCGCAGACGAUGACGUCACAUGUUGAUGGCUCCUCACAUAUUUACAUUGAUUUUAAUGGGAGCCUCCAACAAAAAGUGCUAUUCGGACCGAGAAAACGACAAUUUCCCCAUUAAUUUGAGCGAGGAUGAAAGAUUCGUGUUUGAGGAUAUUGAUAGCGACGGACUAGAAAAAACAAAAAGUAAAAAAAAACAAAACGCGAUUGCAUUGGGAUGGAUUCCGAUGUUUUUAGUGAGACAUUUACUAAGAUAAUUCUGGGAAAUCCCUUAUCUUUCUAUUGUGUUGCUAGUGUUUUAGUGAGUUAAAGAGUACCUGAUAGUCGGAGGUGUACGUCCACGGGUGUCUUGACGCCAAUGUCUCAGGGGACUCGACGGCAGCUUUAUGGACGGCACAAGCUCAGCCUUUCUCCGGUAAGAAGCGACUUUUUACCACAAUUUUCUCACCGAAACCUGCUGGUUGACAUUCCGUCGUGAUUCAUGUUUGCUUGACCGCGUUCUGUUCCAUACUAAAGUUUCACCUGCAGGAAUUUUAAACAAGGAAUCACUGUGCGUUUGUGUUGCUAAAGGCUAAAGCUUCCCAACUACAUCUUUCUACUGUGACUUCUCCAAUAUUAAUUGAACAAAUUGCAAAAGAUUCAGCAACACAGAUCUCCAAAAUACCGUGUAAUUAUGCCGUUAAAGCAGACGACUUUUAGCUGUGUGUGUGUGCAGCGCUCAUACUUCCUAAAAACCCGUGAUGUCUUGCGUACACGUUAUCAUUACACGACAUUUUCAAGACGAAACUCCCGGGAAAUUUAAAAUUGUAAUUUAGUAAACUAAAAAGGCCGUAUUGGCAUGUGUUGCAAUGUUAAUAUUUCAUCAUUGAUAUAUAAACUAUCAGACUGCGUGGUGGGUAGUAGUGGGUUUCAGUAGGCCUUUAAGAAUGAUUUAUAAAUUGGAGUCAUACGGAUUAUAAGAGUAAAACAGCCACUGCAAUACCAUGAACCCUUAUGCGUUCGUCACCAUCUUUUUUUCCCUGCAAACCUAGGAGGCGGUACAAGGUGUGUCGUCCCCUUACGUGUAUCGACAGAUAUAAAAGCCCACCGCUCGUCUAAUCUGACAUGGCACACAUGCAGCAAAUCCUUUAGUAUGUCACAUUGGAUUCCUGCCCCUCCCCCUCUUACCCUCACACCCAUGUUGCCUCAUCCGUGCAGGGUGGAUGACCAUCUGCUGAACUGCACUCAACUGUACUAUGAAGCUGCGGCCAUGACUUUGCAAACGAGCCCCCGAUAGGAGAUUCCCAAUAGGCUCUUCCAGGCUAAGGUGGCAGUGACUGACACUCACCGCCUCUCCCUUCACAGAUUAGGCAGACACAGAAGAAAAACAUUACUCACGUUGUUGCUGCAAGUAAGAAGACAAAAAACUCCUACACGCUAAGUUCUAAGUGGAAAACUUGUAGCGAUUUUACUUGAAAGGAGAAGCUUCACCAUUGUUUAUGUUAGUAUGACACCUUGCCUUUACACCUCCAGGAGGUUACGUUGGCUCUUGUUGUUCCUUUGUGUUACAGACCAAGUGUUCCCACCUGGGACCGGAUCCAGGCAGAUCCCAAAUACUAUAAAAUUGUGUGUGUACAACAGUGAGUAUUCAUAAACUGCGACUCGAGGAAUUGCAGAAUUCACUCAUGUGUCACGAAUUACACACUUAACGUGCUUUUCUUAUGAUACAGAGUCCUCACAAGAAUUACUGAGGUAGAGAUUUUAACAAACAAUGCAGUUUGUCAGUCUAAAAGCAUUUCAUAAUCAAGUGUCUAUGUUUAUUGACUCCAAGUCGGGCUAUUCAACUGGUGGUCCAGGAAUGACACCGUACCGGCCCACAAGUUUAGUUCAAAACUUUGAAGACAAUUGCUUUUGCAACAAAUUCCUGAAAACCCUAGAGUUCUCCUGUUGUACAGAGGAACUUGGACAUCUGUGCACACAUUGACAGAUCCUUGCAUUGACAUGUUUACUUUGCUUGCAAACAUAGAACGCUAGGGUCCGAACAUGUGAUUUACAUCACUGAGGCGUUCCUCAAGGCACCCCUUUAAUCCACAUUUUUUUGGCAGUUACACAUUUUACAAGUUAUGUAACUAAGCUGUUUCUAUAGCUUGUUUACUUCAGAGGCAGUCAGUAUUUAUUUGUUCAACUUAUUUGGUUAUAGGGCUUGAAAGUGUGAUGUGGAAACGCAAUGCAUUGUAGGUCAUGCUGGACUCCUAAAGGCCUACUGAAACCCACUACUACCGACCACGCAGUCUGAUAGUUUAUAUAUCAAUGAUGAAAUAUUAACAUUGCAACACAUGCCAAUACAGCCUUUUUAGUUUACUAAAUUGCAAUUUUAAAUUUCCCGGGAGUUUCUUGUUGAAAACGUCGCGGAAUGAUGAAAUGUACGCGUGACGUCACGGACUGUUGGGAAAUAUUAGUACUGCGCACACACACAGCUAAAAGUCGUCUGCUUUAACCGCAUAAUUACACAGUAUUUUGGAGAUCUGUGUUGCUGAAUCUUUUGUAAUUUGUUUAAUUAAUAUUGGAGAAGUCAAAGUAGAAAGAUGGAGUUGUGAAGCUAUAGCCUUUAGCCACACAAACACUGUGAUUCCUUGUUUAAAAUUCCCGGGGGUGAAACUUUACUAUGGAUCAGAGCGCGGUCAAGAGAACAUGGAUCCCGACCGCUUGUGAACCAGCAGGUUUCGGUGAGAAAAUAGUGGUAAAAAGUCGCUUCUUACCGGAGAUCAGCUGAGCUUGCGCCGUCCAUAAAGCUGCCGUCGAUUUCCCUGAGACACUGGCGUCAACACACCCGUGGACACACACCUCCGACUAUCAGGUACUGUUAAACUCACUAAAACACUAGCAACACAAUAGAAAGAUAAGGGAUUUCCCAGAAUUAUCCUAGUAAAUGUGUCUAAAAAAUGCUAUCGUAUUUUUUUUAAUCUUGGUUUUUUUCUAGUCUGUCGCUAUCAAUAUCCUCAAACACAAAUCUUUCAUCCUCGCUCAAAUUAAUGGGGAAAUUGUCGUUUUCUCGGUCCGAAUAGCUCUUUUUGUUGGUUGCUUCCAUUAAAAACAAUGUGAGGAUGUGAGGAGCCAUCAACGGGUGACGUCAUCGUCUGUGACUUCUGGUAAAGGCAGGGCUUUUCUAUUAGCGACUAAAAGUUGCGAAAUUUGUCGUCGAUGUUCUCUACUAAAUCCUUUCAGCAAAAAUAUAGCAAUAUCGCAAAAUGAUCAAGUAUGACACAUAGAAUGGACCUGCUAUCCCCGUUUAACUAAGAACAUCUCAUUUCAGUAGGCCUUUAAUCGCUUAUUUACAUGGUAGAAUGCAAGGCUCCGUCUUUAUGUUGUGUUUUUUCCCCUUUAACAAGUUAAAAAAAUGGCACGAACGUGCAGCAUCAUUGACUGCCACAAUCGUGGUCAUGUUGACAUCAAGGAAAAAAAGGAUUUGGCGAGGUUUUUCUCAUUUCCACCGUGAAAGCAAUGGUGAGAUUUUUGUUAUUUCCAACGUGAAAUCAAAGCCGAAAGAAGUCGGGGUUUGAAGCUAAUAAAGAAAACGGCAAAUAGCCGGGAUAUCAGCCGUGGGACAAUCAAACAUGACUUUUCCAGCCAUCACCUGGUACAUGUUAGUGUGUUCACUGCAUUUGCACACUGGUAAUUUGAGUCAAAGCAUGUUUCAUGCAGUUAGACCAUGUAGCAUUUAGCCAAGCUAGCAGUCGGCUACAAAAAAAGUACAGUAUUUUUUAAAAAGCAAGUUUUCUGUUUACUUUUCGUCUUGGGUAAGCACAAAAAUAAAUGAGCAUUAUUUUCGAAGAAGUAACACAACAAUCAAAGUAUUUCAAAGUAAUAAUGGACUUGUUUCUUCAAUGAAAAUUGCUUAUGAAAUAAGGCUGGGCACCCUCAUUCCAUCUCAAACACGUGAGGGAUAAAAGCUGAGGGUUACGUGCAAUUUGAACAGAGGUCAAUGACCCUAACAGACUUUCUUUACAGCUAUAAAAGUUAAGUUAAAUUACCAAUGAUUGUCACACACACACACACUAAAUUCGGCAAAAUUAUUCUCUGCAUUUGACCCAUCACCCUUGAUCACCCCCUGGGAGGUGAGGGGAGCAGUGGCCAGCAGCGGUGCCGCGCCCGAGAAUCAUUUAUGGUGAUUUAACCCCCAAUUCCAACCCUUAAUGCUGAGUGCCAAGCAGGGAGGUAAUGGGUCCCAUUUUUAUAGUAUGACUCGGCUGGGAUUUGAACUCACAACCUACCGAUCUCAGGGCGGACACUCUAACCACUAGGCCAUAAAAAUUGACUCUGUCGGUGAAAAAUAGACAAUUUUCCUUUCGACAAUGCUGGCAGCUUACUCAAAUCUUUUGUCCAUUGGACGUGCUCAUAUGGAUCAAUUCCAUCAAUUGUACCUAUCUUUUAGAGCUAGUGAGCCUUUGGAAUGGGGUAAAGUUUAUCUCAGUGCGGUACGAUUCAUUUGAAUUCAGUUUGUUGCUCUCUCUCUCACAUUAUCGCAGGUACAGUACAGCCAUGUGAACAAACCCUACUUCAAACAAAAAUGGUUACCCGUCACCCACAGUGCAUUGCAAAAUCACAUGCCCUUUCAAGCCUUUUACCAGUGGUGUUCCUCAAAGUUCCAUUUUAGGUCCUCUCCUUUUCACCGUUUAGGCUAUAAAACUGGAGCCCCACAAUUUCUGUUAAAAAAAACCACAUUUUUGCAGAAGGUAUUUAAAAAAAGCUAAAUGCUCCUGUAAUGUCUCUGGAAUAUACAAACUAAGACUAAUAGGGAUGGUCCUUAGCUUUCUGGAAAUGUGGCAUCCAAAACAAUUCAGUUAAAUAUCCUUGCUUUAAAGGAUCCUAAACAGGAAUUAUGACAAUUCAGAUCCAUCUUAUUUCUUAUCUAUUAUGUAACCUUAAUGCAGUUCUUCAUGUAUUUGCUUUGCAUGCCUCGUAUUACCUCCUUAUUGUAUUUACCGUAUUAUGCAGGCGGACUAUACAGGGCCCCCACACCAAUAAUAUAAGGAACUGCACUCAAACAACACAACUGAAUGCUGCAGUUUUUACACACAUUUCCCCCAGAACACACUUGUUUUGUUCUUUGUUUUGUCCUGCAUCCAAAUAAAACCUUGCAAUGUUGUGUUUCAGA